CCGGACGGAGCAGCCGGGUGUCGGAGGAGCUGGUGGAGGCUCGCCGGGGAAUGAGCGCUGUGUGUGGGGGCAGCAGGACGGCGGCACCCCGCCGAAUGUUCCAGAAACCAUCAGCGGGAGAAAGUUCCGCUAAUUACAGCGAUGCGCGUGAUGUGUGGCGCGAGGAGGUCCUGCUGAACAGCUGCAGGAAGAAGAAGACGAAGGAACCUUUGCUGUAGAUGAGCUGCAGGUGUGAAAAAUGACAAACCUCGUCCUCGCUGUGUGAACAUGCAGGCUUGAUAGCUAAGCCGGCUAAGAGGAGCGCCACACCUCUUGCACUGCUUUGCUUCUGGACGCUCGCACACACAGAGACACGCAGAGUCGGCUCGGUUCAAACGCAACCAUGCUGAUCAAGGAGUAUCGCAUCCCCAUGCCGAUGAGCGUGGAGGAGUACCGCAUCGCUCAGCUCUACAUGAUCCAGAAAAAGAGCAGAGAGGAAAGUUGUGGCGAGGGCAGCGGCGUGGAGAUCCUGGAGAACAAGCCUUACGAGGACGGCCCCGGAGGCUCGGGUCAGUACACUCACAAGGUCUAUCACAUCGGUAAACACAUCCCGUCCUGGUUCUGUGCCAUCCUGCCUCAAGCUGCCCUUCGAGUGGAGGAGGAGUCCUGGAACGCCUACCCUUACACGCGAACCCGGUACACCUGUCCCUUUGUGGAGAAAUUCUCCAUCGACAUCGAAACAUACUACAAACCAGACACCGGAAAUCAAGCAGAUGUCUUCAGUCUGUCCUCCGCGGAGAAGAGACAGAGGACUGUGGACCCCAUAGACAUCGUCAAGGACUACAUCUCUCCUAAUGAGUACCUGGUGGAGGAAGACCCUAAACUGUAUCAGUCAGUCAAAACUAAACGGGGUCCGUUGUCAGAGGACUGGAUCGAGGAGAUCAACGAGAACCUCGGUCAGAGCGCCGUCAUGUGUGCAUACAAACUCUGCAAAGUGGAGUUCAGAUACUGGGGCAUGCAGUCCAAGAUCGAGCGCUUCAUACACGAUGUGGGCCUGCGUAAAGUGAUGGUCCGAGCGCACCGGCAGGCGUGGUGCUGGCAGGACGAGUGGUACGGUCUGACCAUCGAGGACAUCAGGCUGCUGGAGCUGGAGACUCAGCUGGCUUUGGCCAAGAAGAUGGCUCAGUACAGCCUCAGUGAGGAGGGAGGAGCGGAGGCCAACGGGAGCGCCACCAGCCAGGACCAGGAUCAGGGAGCAGAGGCCGCGGGGUCGGUGGCGGAGGUGGAGGGAGCGAGAGGGAAGCUGGGAGAUUCGCUGGAGACACGGGGCGAGCUCACCAAGCAGUGGUCCACGUCCUCCAGGUCAUCCAACAGGUCCUCCAAGAGAGGAGCGAGUCCGUCUCAUCAGAGCAUUUCAGAGUGGAGGAUGCAGAGCAUCGCCCGGGACUCCGACGACAGCACAGACGACGAGUUCUUUGAUGCUCAUGAGGAUUUUUCUGACAACGAGGACAUGUUUCCCAAGGAGAUCACUAAAUGGAGCUCCAACGAUCUCAUGGACAAAAUAGAAACAAUAGAAGUGGAUGAAGCCCAAGAAACGUUGUAUCAGGAGUCGAGCGAGGAGUACGCUGUCAUGAGCAACGAGGAGACGCAGAUGGAGGACUGCUCAUCCCAGCAGUGUCCCCAACCGUCCAAAAUCCUUAUUCUGGUCCUGCAUGGAGGCAACAUACUGGAUUCAGGCUCUGGUGAACAGAACAGCAAGCAGGGAGACGUAAACACCCUGAGUGGGGCUUUUGAGACCGUGAUGAGGGUCCAUUAUCCUGCAGCACUGAGCCGCAUCGCCAUCCGGAUGGUCCCGUGUCCUGCUGUGUGUGUCGAUGCAUUCUCGCUGGUCUCCAACCUGAGCCCCUACAGCUACGACGAGGGCUGUCUGUCCAGCAGUCAGGACCACAUCCCGCUGGCUGCGCUGCCUCUUCUGGCUACCUCUGCGCCGCAGUACCAGGACGCCGUGGCAACCGUCAUCUUACGAGCCAAUCAGGUGUACAGUGACUUCAUCAAGUCUGCAGAGGGAGCAUCUUUUAAUGGCCAGGUGUGUGUUAUUGGGGACUGUGUUGGAGGCAUUCUGGGCUUUGAUGCUUUGUGCAGCAGCUCUGUGACGGUGUCAGAAAGCCAGAACAGCAGCAGGCGGGGCAGCACCAUCAGCGUCCAGGACUCGGAGCUUCUUUCUCCAGGGAUUGUCAUAAACAGCAUUUCUCCGCCGUCGCUGUCCCUGGAAGGAAGUCGCCAUCUCAGCCGCAGCAACAUCGACAUCCCCCGCUGCUCAGGUCCUGACGACCCCAAGAAACAACUUCCACGCAAGCGCAGCGACUCCUCCACGUAUGAGCUGGACACCAUCAAACACCACCAUGCCUUCCUCUCCAGCCUUCACUCCAGCGUUCUCCACGGGGAUCCUGGAUCACGGCGCUCCAGCAACAGCACCAUGUUGGAGGGAGGCUCCUUGGGAAAGUUCGACUUCGAGGUGACCGACUUCUUCCUGUUCGGCUCUCCUCUGGGGCUGGUGCUUGCACUGAGGAAGACUGUGGUCCCCUCGUUAGAUGUGUCGGCUUUGCGUCCAGCCUGUCAGCAGGUUUACAACCUGUUCCAUCCAGCCGACCCCUCGGCCUCCCGCCUCGAGCCUCUACUCGACAAGAGGUUUCACCUGCUGCCUCCUUUCAGCAUCCCCCGCUACCAGCGCUUCCCCCUGGGUGAUGGACACUCGGCUCUUUUGGUUGAGACUGUGCAGAGUAACCCUCAGCUUCUGAUGGAGUCUGGUGGCACGGCGUCCCACCGCUGGCAGGACAGCACCAUCAGUGAGACCUCCAUCCCAGUUCCUGUCCUCAACUGGCAAACUUCUCAGCUCAACACAGACACUGAAACUCUUCAAUCACACAUUUUUGUUGACGGCCCACCAUCCACGUCCCCCGGGGUUCCCCACCUGCGCUGCAACCGCAGGGCCAGUGAGGUCAGCAUAGCCAGCCAGGUGUCCGGCCUAGCUGAGUCCUACACGGCCUCCAACAUCGCCACAAUUGCAUCUCGGUGGUGGGGCAGUAAGAGGAUGGACUACGCUCUGUACUGUCCUGACGCUUUGACAGCAUUCCCAACCGUAGCUUUGCCUCAUCUCUUCCACGCUUCCUACUGGGAGUCCACCGACGUCGUCUCAUUCCUACUCAGACAGGUGAUGAGACAUGAGAACUCCGGUAUUUUGGAGCUGGAUGGUAAAGAAGUGUCUGAGUUCACUCCAUCCAAACCUCGGGAGAAGUGGCUUCGCAAGCGGACUCAUGUUAAAAUUCGGAACGUGACGGCUAACCACCGCGUGAACGACGCCGUGUUCACGGAGGACGGCGUGCAGACGGUGACGGGGCGUUUCAUGUACGGCCCUCUGGACAUGGUCACUCUCACAGGAGAGAAGAUUGACAUCCACAUCAUGACUCAGCCUCCCUCUGGUGAGUGGGUGUACUUUAACACAGAGCUCACCAACAGCAGCGGACGGGUCUCUUAUGUAAUCCCUGCCAGCAGAAGGCUGGGUAUCGGGGUGUAUCCUGUCAAAAUGGUGGUCAGGGGAGACCAUACGUUCGCAGACAGUUAUCUCACUAUUGUACCAAAAGGGACGGAGUUUGUUGUUUUCAGCAUCGACGGGUCUUUCGCCGCCAGCGUGUCUAUAAUGGGCAGCGACCCCAAAGUUCGAGCUGGGGCGGUAGAUGUGGUGAGGUACUGGCAGGACCUGGGUUACCUGAUCGUGUACGUCACGGGCCGCCCUGACAUGCAGAAGCACCGCGUGGUGGCCUGGCUCUCCCAGCAUAACUUCCCUCACGGCAUCGUCUCCUUCUGCGACGGGCUGGUUCACGACCCGCUCAGACACAAGGCCAACUUCCUCAAAUCCCUCAUCAAUGAAGCCCACAUGAGGAUCUUCGCAGCUUACGGCUCCACCAAGGACAUCUCAGUGUACUCUUCUAUCGGACUGCCUCCCUCUCAGAUCUACAUCGUAGGAAGGCCCACAAAGAAGAUGCAGCACCAGUGUCAGUUCAUCCCGGACGGCUAUGCUUCCCACCUCUCCCAGCUGGAGUACAACCAGAGGUCUCACCCCGCCAAGUCCGCCAGCACCCGGAUGGUCCUCCGGAAGGGCAGCUUCGCUCUGGGUGCAGCCGGAGGAGACUUCCUACGCAAACGCAACCACAUCUUUCGCACCAUCUCCUCUCAGCAGCCCGGAGGGUCGGGGUCCGGCUGUGCCAGCCAGCCGGGCCGGACUGAGCGCACGCUGAGCCAGUGUGAAGGGGAGCGGGAGCGAGGGAUCGCCGCGGCAACCCAGAGGAGCAUGAGUAUAGCAGCAGGGUGCUGGGGUCGCACCGGAAGCACCAAGGAGGGCAGCGGGGGGUUGCUUGGCUCAAAGUAAAGCCACAAAUAGGGAAAGAGAGGUGGAGUGCGGAGGGUUUGCAGCUAAUGGAUAAAUCCAUGGAGAUG